GCUCCUCUCCUCCACGCAGCCGGAGCUCCUCUCCUCGUCCGCUGCCUGCCUUGUGGCGAGCCCGGGCGAGUGCUGCCGCCAGCUCCGGCGGCUGGAAGAGCAUCUCCCGUGCGGAGGCCGGGGCAGCCUCUGCACACCGACGUCGCAGAGCUUUCUGCAGCCGCCACGGCAGCCCCGGGUUGGUGCAGCGUUCUGCCACCGAUGCAUCUGCUCCGAUGUGGAGUAACGGCACAGCCUUUGCUCUAAAAUUGGACCAGCCGUGCUGCUUUCUCUCGUCUCUCGCCUUCCAGCUGCCUCCUUUACCAGCCUCUCCUCUGCUGGGCUGGGCACGUUCAAGAGAGGGAAUUUUCAGUUCAGAGCCUGCUCCCUGCCUUGCUCCAAACACCUCAUGGCAUAGCUCAAAGUCCUGCUGGGUUUGUGUUUGUGCCAGUGACGUGGCUCCUGGUUGAGCCGAAGAUGGCAGCUGGCACAUGAUGAGGAUGCUUUUGCAGGGAACAGAGGGCCCGUGGCCCUGGCCACCAGACCUGAGCAUGUUGUUGUUGGUCACAACUGCCAAUCCAAACAUGGUAGCUGCUGCCUUGCUGUUCUUGCUGGUGGAGUUGCACACCUCCUCUCAGCUCUUGCACAAAACAGUGCUGCUGAUCUUUGAGCAAUGACUGCAAAGAAGUGCUUGUCUGACUGGUUUCUGUGUCUCUGUGGGCUUGGCUGGGCUUGCUACCAAGAAGACAUCAGUCAAUUGUCCUCUAUAUGAGGAGAGCUUAACCAGUUUCUUCUGGGCUGAGGUCCAGCACUCCUGCCUGUGUGAACCACGUCUGAGCAUGUGGGUUAUACAACUCUGAGCCGGGGCUUCACCACACUCCUUCUUCCUCUCUUCUUCUGCAUCCCAGGGACUUUGUCUGGACCCUUCUCUACCUGUGCUGGUCUUGGGCAGGAGUAGGGCCCCAAAAAGAUCUUUUGUUGCUAUUGGCAUCCCCUCCAUGCCUUUGCCUCUGGGGCUGGGUGAGGAGAUAGGAGACACUUCCUGACAUUAGUGCUGAGGGGACCCUGGAGCCGGAGCUCUGAAGGACAAGUUUCCCAGGCCUGGGCAGGUCAGUAAUAUUUGGGCGCUCCUCCUGAGCUGUCAGUGCAACAAGCCCUCACCCUCUUGGAGACAAGUUAAUUAUCAUGCCACCUACAGAGCCUUGCUGUGUCAGCACUCACUCGUAUUCCCUACCUCACAUCGCAGGGGCCUUUUGCCGCUGCAUCUGUGUGGAGCAGCUUCACUCUUUCUCUCAGCCAAGUCUCCUCUUCUAGAGUGGUGGUGCUUAAUAUAAGGCUCAGACUGUGGAAGGAGCAAGCGCUAUCUAUGCCUUGAUGAGCUGAUAGGUUUAUUUGCAAGUGAGAGUUGCAAAUAGUCUAGAGGGACUGGUGGUUUCCUUGCUUGGAAAACACUUCUUGCUCUGCUCUGCUCCGUGAGAGAGCAGCAGGCAUGGCCUCAUCCAGAGGGCAAAUGCUGGCUGGCCUGCAGAGUUCUGGUGCAGUCUUCCUCCUGGCACCCCACUGAUGUACAGCAGCAGCAAGCCCACGUGCCUCCCUCCUUUCUGCCUUUUGGGUCGACCUUCUGAGCAGAGACCUGAUUUGGGUGGAGGUACAGGGAGGCUGCGCUCAGUGUUGAGGCUGGUCCCAACUUCCUGCCUCGCUCCCUGCCAGCACAGCUGUGGAGUGCAGGAGUUUGGACCAGUGCCCUGGGCUCUGUGCAACGAGGUUGUCUCAUGGCUGCUUUAAUCUGGCUGAAGAACAAGCUGAGAGCAGGAAGAUAAGUGCUGGCUACAACUUUGCAGCCCCUCUUUUGCGGUACCUGUGGUUAUAACUGUGCCAUGAGCUGAACUCUGAGCGGAUCCAGAUGCAUUUUCCCCACUCCCCCCUGCCUUCCUUCUGUGUUGGGGUUCUCCAGAACACUGGGCAUGUGGGCUGGAAAGAGCCAUUCUGAGCCAACCCACAGAGCUGUCCUCUCUACACCAGCUGAGUUCUUGUCUCUUCUUCCUCCUUUCGCUUCUUGUUACGGGAGAAGGAUCCAAGAAGAGUUUUGUCCCAACCUUCACAGCCCUUCUGGGUGCUGGAGCUCUUCUGCCAGGCUUUUCCCUCCUGCUGGGCAGGAGGCUUUUUGUUUGUUAUCCUCUGUGCACGAAGCGCUCCAGGGAAAAGGCACCGCACCCGAGAAUGACAUCAACCCUCCUGGAGGCCUUUGGGUGCCUGGAAUCAGGAACAUCCUUUGCGAGGGAGCGGCCUACGAGGAGCGGCAGUACCCAGCUGGGAAGUGGGCCUGUGUCACCAAGGGGGAGCCCAUGUAUGAGCAGAGCAUCUCCAUGAGCUUCAUGAAGCUCAUGCGCUACAUCUGCAAGGAGAACUCUGUAGGUUGCUACCUGGGCAUGACAGUCCCAGUGCUCAACGAAAUCCACCUGACCGAGGAGGGGACCGAGCUGGAGAGGGAAGUCGUCACCGCCUAUUACCUCCCGGGAGAGUUCCAGCAAAACCCCCCGGUUCCUGCGGACCCCGACAUCCACAUCACCGAGAGGGCACCGCUCCGGGUUAUAACCAGGGUUUUCUACGGGAUGACCACCGAGGAGACGAUCCUGCGAGAGAUCAGCCUCUUCUGGGAGCUCUUGGGCUCCACAGACACUGUGCUCCGGAGAACCUACGUGGUGGCUGCUUACCAAAACCCCAGCGUCCCUCAGCGCCGCAACGAGAUCUGGUUCAUCUGCCGAGCAGAGUGAGGCCCCUCUGCCAGCUCAAGCUGUCCCGUGACUGGACCUGGUCUAGAUGGCAGUUCUGACCCAAAGGAGACAAAUGCACACCCUCACGCACCGGCCCCCCACAGAACGGCAGCCCAGGAGACUGCGGGGUGGCUUUGCAGCUCUGCUCUCGGGAGGGUCUGCGCUUCACCUGCGGCCGGAGCCGGCGCUGGCGCUGGGGAGAGCCUCUGGAGCGGGCUCCUGGAGGGGAGCACGGGGUAGGGGCCCGUGCAAGGCAGUAACUGGGCAUGUGCAAUGUGUUAGGCUGGCCUGGGCUUCUCUCAGCUCCGAGCUGGGGGUCGCAGAGCAGUGCCAAGGCGUGCUAGUGGGACUGGCGGGUGGCAGUCAUGAGCCGAUGGUGCCUGGGAGGCGAGUGACUGUGUAGGAGGUGUGAGGCUCUGGCUGGGCGCUGCCCUGCUCCCGGUGAGAAGGGCUGCCUGUCCCAAACAGAGCCACUGAACGCUGCUGCAGGGACAGCGGGGUGCGAAGGGCGAAAGGGCUUCGCCACAAGCGGGAUGUGGAUCCUGAACGUUGCCCACUGGGGUGGCUCUGGGAGCUGUCGGGUGCAUCCCUGGUUGUCCCUCACCAUCCCUCAGCCAGGACUGGGGCACUGGCAGCCACCCUCCAUCAGCUGCGGGUGCUGCUUUGGGGAGCUGCUGCACAGUGGGCAGGACGGGACGUGACGGGGGCAGCAGCAGCACCGCCGUGCGUUGUGUUGUGCAUUGAUCAGUUGAGUUUCACAUCCACCGACAUCCUCACGCUUUCCAGGGAGAAGCUGGCAGUGCCAACAGUAAAUAAACCCAGCUCAGACCACUGCAGCUGCAGGUCACUGGUGGUGGGGAUGGGGGGGCUGGCGCGGGAAGAGCCUCGCUCUCUUCCCUCCUCAAGAUGCUUCAGGCUGCAAAGCUGGGGCUAAUUAGAGGGGCUGUAACAUUUGCCUGGAUACAGCCAGGCCCAGUCUCUGGUUUGCUGCCCAUGUGGCUGCUGCAAACAGCUGUGGCCAUGCUCCCCUGCAGGUAAGGUGGUUUUCUGUUGGAUGAAGUCUGCUCUGGCCUCAUGUUUUCCCCCUGUGCAGAAAGUUGGCUCCCCUUACUGUACUUUGCACAGGCACCUGAUCUUAAGGGCUGAGAAUUCAAAUGCGACUGCAUGUCAUGCUGGUUGGAACUGGUGUGAUUUGCAGGAAUGUGCUUAACUGGCUCGGUGUAGAGCGAGUUCUGGCUGCUUCUGACUCAGUUGCCAAGGAGUUUCCUCCUGCUGUUACUGGGGGUGUGCUGUGUGCCUUGCCCCCUGAUGCUGCUGCUUAAACUCUGGCUCCAGCCCUUUGACCCUACAGCGCAGGUGAAGCAGGAGGAAGGCCAAGGCCAGCUCCAUGGUCUUGCUGCCCUCACAGUUCAGGUGUCUUCUGCCAUCCCAUUCUCCAGUCAGAUGUUGCUCACUGCCCUGUCCAGACUGGCUUGCCCUCUGGCAGUGAGGGAGACUGUCUGCCCAGCCUGUGGCUGUGAAGAGAGCAGGGCCAUGCACAUUACAGCCUCCUCUUGGGUAAGCAAGGUAUCUUCAGGUGGAGUCAAGGACAGCAAGAGCAGACAGUGGUUUCCUGGGUAUCUUGUGGUGCAAUGUUUGUCCCUGGGGCACUGCAGGCAGGUAGGGCUGGGAGGCUGUGGUGACAACCUGCUGCUCCCAGGGCUGAUGCACAAGUGCUGCUCACAUAAGAGCAGUGAUUCUUGGAUCAGCAAGCAGUGCUGCUGCUUGAUGUGAGCCUGGGAUCAGGCGGCUCGGCGUCAGUGGGGGAGCAAAGUCAGCCAGCACGUCACGUGUGAGACAAAGACACUUUCCUUGUGUGCCCUGAGCUUUGCAGGUGGAAGUAAAAGUCGCUUUCCAGAGCUUGCUGUAUAACCUAUUGCUUCCUCUGUGGUUGCUGGUGAAGCCG